AUGGGUGCCCCUUUUACAACUCAUUUGCUUUUCUUAUUUUGCUUAUUUACAACAACCUUCAGUUUAAACUUCUUCAAAGUAGAAUCAAAUGUCUCUUGCCAUGCAAAAGAGAAACAAGCACUUCUAACCCUCAAACAAGGUCUCACUGAUCUUUCGGAAUUGAGCCCUCUCUCAUCUUGGUCUGACCAACAAGAUUGCUGUACGUGGGACGGAGUUCGAUGUGACAACAAAACUGGUCGAGUUAUAGAGCUAAUACUAAAUGGGAUAGCUGGUGAGAUCAGUCCUUCAUUGCUUGAAUUAAAGUUUUUGAAUCACUUGGACUUCAGUAUCAAUGACUUUAAUUGUUCCCGUAUUCCAAGUUUCCUAGGCUCAAUGGGCAAUCUGAGACAUCUUGACCUCAGCAAUGCUGCGUUUUGUGGACUCAUUCCUCAACAACUUGGGAACCUUUCAGGCCUUCACUAUCUAGAUCUUGGAGGUAAUUCAUAUCUUUAUUUAGAUAACCUUCGUUGGAUGUCUGGUCUCUCUUCCAUUCAAUACCUUAACCUGAACUCUGUCAACCUUCACAAAGAAGUUGAUUGGCUUCAAAUACUGAGUAAGCUCUCAUCUCUUUCUGAGCUAUACUUGUCAAGUUGUGGGCUUGAUAGCCUGAACCCAUCUCUUAGAUUUGUCAAUUUCACAUCUCUUCGAGUCCUUGAUCUUUCCCAAAAUCAUUUCUAUCAUGAGAUACCUAAUUGGUUCUCAAAUCUCAGUACGAGCCUCUUAAAGCUUUAUCUGAGUGAAAAUUCACUGAUAGGCAAUAUACCGCCUAGCAUUUUCAAUUUACAAAGAUUGGAUUAUCUUGAAGUCCAACUUAAUUCUUUAAGUGGAAAAUUUCCAGAGUCAUUAGGUCAGCUUAAGCAUCUAUCAUAUCUCAAUCUUGAAGGAAAUUCUUUAAGUGGUCCUAUUCCUUUGUCCCUUGGGAAUUUAUCUGAAAUGCAAAACUUAAAUCUCGCUAGAAAUAAGUUAAAUGGCACCAUUCCAAAGACUCUUGGGCUUCUCUCAAAUUUAGUGUCAUUAUCUAUAUCAUUUAAUCUCCUCACAGGCAGCCUAGAUGAAGUGCAUUUUGCCAAACUUUGGAAAUUGAAAAUCCUAGAUAUGUCUCAUACACUUUUGUUCUUUAAUGUGAAUUCCAAUUGGGUUCCUCCUUUUCAACUGGAACAAGUUGACAUGAGCUCCUGCAAGAUUGGUCCCAAAUUUCCUCCAUGGCUACAAACACAAAGAUCCCUCCAGUUCUUAGUUAUGCCCAUGUCAGGAAUUUCAGGCAACGCUCCGAGUUGGUUCUGGAAUUGGUCUUCAAACAUUAAUACGAUCGAUCUCUCUAAAAAUCAAAUAAAAGGGGAUGUACCAAACAUUUUGUUGAAUUCUGUUGUUUUAAAUCUAAGAUCUAAUUACUUCAAGGGGAGGUUGCCACGAUUGUCUACAAAUGUCAAAGUGCUUAAUAUAGCUAACAACUCAUUUUCUGGACCCAUUUCCACUUUCUUAUGCAAGAAGCUGAACAGAAAGAAUGAUUUAGAGGUUUUAGAUGCAUCAAACAAUCACUUUUGGGGAGAACUUUCUAAUUGCUGGAGGUACUGGCAAUCUUUGAUCCAUUUGAAUUUAGGGAGCAAUAGUCUAUCAGGUAAAAUUCCUUAUUCCAUGGGAUCUUUAGUUGAACUCAAAUCACUGCGUUUACAAAACAAUAGCAUCUCUGGGGAUUUUCCUUUAUCAUUGAAAAAGUGCUUAGAUUUGGGGCUUAUUGAUAUAGGUGAUAAUCAUUUGUCAGGGACCAUACCCCUUUGGAUUAAGGAAAUGACACAUCUUAUAAUUCUCCGUCUAAGAUCCAAUGGAUUCAAGGGAAAUAUACCCUUAAAAAUAUGCCAACUUUCUUCUCUAAGAGUAUUGGAUCUUGCAAAUAAUAGCCUAUCCGGACCCAUACCAAACUGCUUGAAAAAUAUUAGUGCCAUGGUUGUGCCUGAACCCAAUACUCAAGAUGCUUAUUUUGACUCUUUAGAGUACAACUUUGGCUAUAGCUCCUACAUUGCAAAUCUUAUGUUGGUUCCUAAAGGAAAUGAAUUAGAAUAUGAAGAGAACCUUAAAUUUGUUAGGAUCAUAGAUCUUUCAAGUAACAACUUGUCUGGGUCAAUUCCGAUUGAAAUUUCAUUUCUUUUUGAAUUACAUUUUUUGAAUUUGUCUCGAAAUCAUUUGAUGGGAAGCAUACCAAAAAACAUUGGGGGUAUGAAAGAGUUAGAGUCAAUUGAUCUCUCACGAAAUCAUAUAUCUGGUGAAAUUCCUCCAAGCUUGUCUAAUUUGACAUUUCUUAGUUACUUGGACUUCUCAUACAACAACUUAUCUGGUAGAAUUCCUUCAAGCACCCAACUUCAGUCUUUUGAUGCACUCAAUUAUAUUGGUAAUCCUCAACUUUGUGGUGAGCCUCUCCCAAAAAAUUGCACAAUAUAUGAAGAAGCUCAUAACAGAACAUCAAUGGGCAAAACCGAAGAUAACUCUCAAAAUUCUAGCUUCUUUAUGGGUAUGGGAGUUGGAUUCGCAGUUGGCUUUUGGACAGUUUGUGGAGGCCUCUUCUUUAAUAAGACCUGGAGACAUGCUUAUUUCAAAUUUCUCAAUGACAUAAAGGAUUGGUUUUAUGUGACUACAAUACUAAAGGUGAACUGGAUACUAGAAAAGCUAAGAAGCAGUCACCUUAUUUAG